GGAGUGACCGCGAGUCAGACGUUUUGGUACAUAUUGUUCACGGACGUUUCUGAAAACUAGAACUGAUAUAAUGUCAACAACUAGAAAAAAACGAGCUUUCCGCGCUUAUUUGUAGCGAGUAGCCUACAACAUAAAGAGUUGGCUGUCACAAAGGGUUGGUCAAGCAAGCUCUGUUAUGAAUUAUUGCUGAUCAGGGUGCCUUCAAUCUGUCACUGCAACAUUUAGUUUACAGCAACAAGGAACACUUUCAAUUCUCCAGUAUUCUAUUCUCAGGUCUAAUGCAAACCACCAAACCCACCUCCCACCAGUCUGAUGUGGCAAGGAAUCGGAAUGGAUGUAUUUCCUGGACGGAGUAAAAUAUGACAUCUCGGGUUGUACUUAUAUCCGUGUUGCUGCUGUUGUGGUGUCACUGUCGCCAUGUUUUGGGCUCCGGUGAUUCUGGGACCGGGAUAGUUCCGUCUCCAGACCGAUCCGCCGACGGUGCUGAUCUGCUCUCUAUGGGGACCAUGGUGGACACACACUCCGCGAUGUUACGUCAGGGAAACACAGACGAGUGUGACAUUGUGAUGAACCUGAGUGCUGCUGAUCGAUGUGCGUUUGUGAAGGCCACUCCAGACUGCAGUAUGGAAGACAGCUUCAUCAACUACCUCAAGAUGGCCUUCUGUCUACUACCACCCAACCUAACACCCCUCACUAUCACACUCUGCAUUAUCUGGUUGUUAAUCUUGUUCAUAGUUCUCGGACUGACGGCAUCAAAGUUCUUCUGUCCCAACCUCUCAGCCAUCUCCUCCAGCCUUCGACUCACACACAACGUGGCUGGUGUGACGUUCCUGGCGCUAGGAAACGGAGCUCCAGAUGUCUUCAGUGCCACUGUGGCCUUCUCCCGUCCACACACCGCUGGCCUGGCUAUAGGAGCACUGUUUGGAGCGGGUAUCUUUGUAACCACGGUGGUCGCCGGGUCUGUGUCAUUGGUCAAACCCUUCACUGUAGCGUCCCGCCCCUUCCUGCGGGAUGUCAUCUUCUACAUGGCUGCAGUCUUCUGGACCUUCAUCAUCCUCUACAGAGGAACUAUAUCACUGGGAGAGACACUAGGGUACCUUGGGCUGUAUGUGGUGUAUGUGGUAACAGUCAUUGUGAGUGCCUACAUCUAUAGUCAUCAGAAACACUCAGCAACUAGAAGUUCCACCCAGAGCUCAACACACGCACCAGCUGACACACACGUACCAGAGCUCCAGACGUCUGAGUCAGACCAGGCUCCUCUUUUAUCUAAUGGCAGCAUCCAGGAGGGCUAUGAUAGUGAGUACCGUCCCCUGCUCCCCUACUGUGAGUCGACCAGUUCCAUCCUGCUGAAUUCUCUAAACCCGGUGGACAGCAGGACCUGGAGGAGGAAGACCUGGCGCUGGAGGACUGUGAAAAUACUGAAGAUGCCACUGGAGUUGCUGCUGCUGUUGACUGUUCCAGUGGUGGAUCCUGACAAAGAAGACAGGAACUGGAGAAGACCAUUAAACUGCCUCCACCUUGUCACUGCGCCGCUGGUUUGUGUGCUCACCUUCAGCUCCGGAGAGUACGGUUUGUAUCUGAUCGAGGGUCAGUUUCCUGUCUGGGCGUUGACGUUGCUCUUUGGCCUCUUCCUCUCUGCCAUAGUCUUCCUCACCACUUCUAAUGACCAGCCACCGGCAUACCACUUAGUGUUCUCUCUGUUGGGCUUUGUGGUGAGUGCGAUGUGGAUCAGUGCUGCAGCCUCGGAGGUGGUCAGUAUCCUGCACAUGCUCGGUGUGGUCCUUAGUCUUUCCAACAAUUUACUGGGUCUCACACUGCUGGCCUGGGGAAAUAGCAUUGGGGAUUGUUUUUCUGACAUCACCAUCGCUCGCCAGGGCUACCCACGGAUGGCAUUAUCAGCCUGCUUUGGGGGAAUCAUCUUUAACAUGCUGAUUGGAGUGGGCAUUGGCUGUCUGAUACAGAUGUUUAACAACGAACCAGUGGUGACGUUGGAACCAGAGGGUUUGUUGACCUGGGUUCUAGCAGGUUCUCUGGGUCUCUCUCUGGUCUUCUCCUUCAUCCUAGUUCCUCUGCGUUGUUUCCACCUGGGCCGGGCCUAUGGAAUCUUCCUCCUGCUCUUCUAUGCAGUCUUCCUCCUGGUUGCGCUGCUCACAGAGUUCGGCUUUAUCCACACCUGAAGCCUGUACGAGAUGGUUUGGACCAGUCUGAUAGAGCCAUCUGUGAAUACUGACCAGACGGGUUCGAGACCUGAGAGACUUUCCUCUUCCUGGGAGAGAUGGAGUCACAGCCAAUCACACUGUGCCUUAACGGAGUUGGAACCAAUCAGACUGUGAUUUAACUUUUGUCUGUUUACACUGACUAUAUUUUUUAUAUUUAGAUCGCCAUUAGCUGUUACAUAAGGACCAGCUUCUCUUACUGGGGUCCACACAAAACAAUUACACACAUAUACAGAAAUAACAGUAACACACAGUUUUAAAGUAACCCAUGUACUGACAAGGAGUAAAAAAAAUUUUAAAAAAAUGCAGUAGCACUUUAAGGGAAUUUUCUCCUUUAAAUCAAUGUGAAUGUAGUGUCUUGUAGUGAGAAAAACUGCCGUCUGGAAUGGUUGAUGUGAGUCAAUUGUAUAAAAUGUGCUCUUUUGUGGGCCUCCCGAGUGACACAGUAGUGCUACCUGUGCCACUAGAGAUUCUGGGUUCGAGUCCAGUUUCUUUCGCAGUCGGCCACAACCCGAGAGACCCAUGGGGCGGUGCACAAUUGGCAGGGAUGUCCUUGUCCCACCGCGCACCAGUGACUCCUGUCGCAGGACGGGCGCAGUGCACACGGAGAAGGUCCCCAGGUGUACAGUGUUUCCUCUGACACAUUGGUGUGGCUGGCUUCCGGGUUAAGUGGGCAUUAUUGUGUCAAGAAACAGUGCAGUUUGGUCGUGUUUCAGAGGACGCACUGUUCUCG